GCCGCGGCGAGGGGCACCUUCUUCGGCGGCGAGGAUGGCUGGCCAGAAGUUCCAGGAAGGAAGCCCACCAGCCGCACGUGAAAGUAACCGAUCCCUCACGUUGCAUGUCCCCAGGAUCUGAUGUUGAGUUAUCAUGUGGGCAGCAUGUUGCAACUGGUUUUGCCUGAACGGACAGCCUGAGGAGAUACAGCACCGGCCGCAGCCGGGGGGGCGGGCGUACGCCAAUGCCGGCUACAGCGCCUUCCCUUCUCCCACCGCUUCUGAGCAGAACUGCAAAGCCUGUGGGGCCCGUUUUGGCAACUCUUCCUUGAAGCACAUCUGCUUGGACUGCAAAAAGAGUUUCUGCCUGGCCUGCUCCCACCAGCCCGAGAGCGACGGCCCGUGCCUCUGCCACCUGUGCGAGCGCUUCCGCGCCACGGCCUUCCAGCGGGAGGAGUUGAUCAAGAUGAAGGUGAAAGACCUGCGGGACUACCUGGAGCUCCGGGACGUCUCCACGGAGCUGUGCCGCGAAAAGGACGAGCUGGUGGUGUUGAUCAUGGGCCAGCAGCCCGCCGGGCCCCAAGGAGAACGGACCAUCCAGGUGGCCCCCUUGAUGCCCGACCCCGCCGCAGAGGAGCAGUGCUCCCCUGCGCCCGCCUCGCUGGAUUACCCGACGGAGCCGGGCCCGACGGAGCCGGCCUUGCAGGCGGAGCUGCAGGCAAAUGGUCAUGUGCUGCCGAGCCAGGACGACAUGGCGGAAGUCGAAAACGCAGCGGAAACGCUGAUCGAGGAGGAGACGCAGUCCACUGACUCGGAGGACAACCUGGUGGCGGGGCGGAGGGCCUCCCUCUCUGACCUGACGAGCGUGCGAGACAUCGACGCCCUCUCGGUGAGGCAGCUGAAGGAGAUCCUGGCCCGGAACUUCGUCAACUACAAGGGGUGUUGCGAGAAAUGGGAGCUGAUGGAGAGGGUGACCCGGCUGUAUAAAGAGAAGGACCUCCAGCAGAUAGUUUCUGACACAGACGAUCAAGCGGCUCCGCCUGGGAACGCCCCCCUCCCCGGCUCGGAAGAGAGCCUCUGCAAGAUCUGCAUGGACUCCGUCAUCGACUGCGUCCUGCUGGAGUGCGGCCACAUGGUCACCUGCACCAAGUGCGGCAAGCGCAUGAACGAGUGCCCCAUCUGCCGCCAGUACGUGAUCCGAGCCGUCCACGUCUUCAGGACUUAAGGGGCGCCCCGGGCGGCGCAGGUCUUUGCCUUACAAGACUCGUCCGCUGCGACACCCGGGGGGGGGGCGUUCCCAAGACGCCCGCGGGCUCCAGGCGGAGAGGCGGGACGGAGGGCUGGGCAGCGAUUGGCCCUGCACCCCCCCCCCGUGCGAUACUGUGCAUCCCACCCCAGUGCCUGGAGAGCUGGAAGUCCUCUGUAGACCGAGAAAGCGACGCGCUCCGCCUUCCUCUUCUCCUCGCGACGGGGCCUCGAGGAUCGCUGGGCUUCCCCCACCCACCCCGGCGGGCACGGAGGCUCUUCCCCUCUGGAGUGAAUAAAGAAAGGUGAUCUAGCGAGGACGAGGGGGGUGGCUGCUAUCACUUCUCCUCCUUUCUCUUUCUCCUAAAAACUGUGAGGCCUUUUACAGGGACUGUUCAUUCUUUGUCUUUGAUAUUUCCGGGACUUGUUCCCCAUAUGAAGGGUUUAAAUUAAUUUAUUUUUUUAUUUUAUUUUUUUUAAAAAAACUGCGACCCCACCUGGUUUAUCAGCUCGCCUUGGCGUUCGGGCCGAAAGCGCCCGUACCGCUGCCUUGUGCGGUCAGUCGGACGGCCCCGGCGGAGCGCCCGCAGGGAACGCAAGGAAGGGGCCGGUCGGUGUGGUUUCCUGCGCACGGGAACCUCCGCGCCACGUUCCUGGCUGAACGUUCCGCGCGGCUCUGCGAGUGCCGGGGCCUUUGGGGGAGUUGGGAGUAUUGAUUGGCCUUUUUUCUGUCGCCGGAGGCCCCCCCCCCCCCAGUUUGGGCUGGGUCUCUCUCGGGGCUCUUUGCCACGGGCCCAGUGAAGAACGCCACCCAUUCUGACGUACCUUUGGCCUCCGGGCGGCCACUGAGUGGUUGCAAAGCGCUGCCUUAGAUUCGGGCCCGCGGCAGACGGCCCUCUUCGCUGUUUUGUGACAACGUUGACCCGCCGGUGUCUCUUCCUGCUUACGAUUUCUCACUGGGCCUGACGAGGCUUCGCACUAAGCCAGGGUUUCUCGGAAGCUUUGGCUUGUCCAACCUGCUGCCCUCCGGACCUGUUGGACGGCAACCUGCUGGCUGGGGAUGCUGGGAGUCGUCAUCACACCUCUCCCCGGAGGGCAGCAGGUUGAAAGAGGCUAAAGAAGCAACAGACUUUCUCCGCGCUGCAUGCUGUGACACCCACAUUGGCGAUCCUGGUCUGUCUUCCCCAAAAGACUUCGGAGUUACAAGCCAUGGUUUGUUGAGCGUACGAUCCUGGCUUGUUUGGGGAGGGACGAGCUGGAAUCCCUAGUCGGACAGCACCAUAAAGAAACGGCCGGCGGAGAGGGCGGGCUUCGUUGGGCUCGUCCCACUGGCAGCAGGAGGGAACGACCAGCGUGGGUGCACAAUGCGAUGUCCGAACGGGGUCCAACCAAUUGCCAGGCAGUUCCCUCCGGGGAGGCCAACGGCUGCCAAACUUGCCUUAAAGCGGGAUGCGCGGGGUGGGAGACCUGGGCUCUUGGGGCCGGGGCCGCCCGUUCUCCGCAGAGAUCCGCCCUUCAGCGAUCCCCCACUCUGUCUCCCUCUUAGAAGGGAGUGCCCAGAGGUGACCAAAGAAGCGUCCACCCUUGCCCUGUGGGCCAAAGCCGGCCUCUUUACGAGUCGCUCCGGAGCGCCUCUCCGCUUGUUUACACAUCACCUUCUCCCGGGGGUCUCUUUUGGAAACCUGCUCCUGUCGUCCUCUCCUGUGCGGUUCCGGAGCCUUCAGCACCGCGGUACGCUUCCCUUCCCGGCAGCUGCUUCCUUCACGGUCGUGUCUUAACUCUCAAGCGCACCCUCGUGGCCUUCUCCGUGGAACGCCUUUCUGUUUUUCUAAACCGCCGAAUGCCCCCGCAGUGCUUGUGGCGGCCGUCAAACCUGCCGUAAACUCGUAAACGUGUGUGUGUGUGUGUGUGAGAGAGAGAGAGAAAGAGUAUGUGUGUGUGUGUGUGUGAGUGUGAGAAUAGUGAGAUAUGCUCAGGGAUUAUGCAUAGGGCUUGGGUCAGGUGGUAGAGACGGGUCUGGCUGCUGGCCUGGGGCUGGAUCCGCUAAUUGAGAAAAUGCAGGCCACGUUCUGGUUGUGAUAGCAAGCCCUUCUCCCCCGCUUUUGAUACCCACGGAGGCCCGAAUUUGAGGCACCCAAAGAAAAAGCCUUUUCAAGAAAUGAGUGCGCACGCCCUACGUGUGAAACCACGCCCUCUUGUCUUGCCAAAGAUCUAAGCCAGCCUUCUUCCCGAACCCAUUGUAAGCCUAUGCGGCAGAGUCUUGCUAUUUACUGUUCUACUCUGUACAGCACCAUGUACAUUGAUGGUGCUAUAUAAAUAAAUAAUAAUAAUAAUAAUAAUAAUAAUAAUAAUACCUGUUGUGUUGGAUUACAAUCCCGUAAUCCCACAGCCAUCUUGGGAUUUUGGGAUUUGUAGUCUUAACGCAACGGGAGGCCCAACGGUUCGGGAAGAAGGCGUGGCACCGUGGGCCUGCUGGCCUGUAAUGUGGCAGACUCUUCCUCCUCGUUUCGGGACAGCUUCCGUCCCAGCGCGCCUUGUUCACCCUAUCUGCUGUCCACGCCUCUCGGCAGACGCCUUUUCCCUCUGCGCGCGCCUCCGACGCCUGCAGCCGUCUUGCCGCCUUCGUGGCGCGUCGGCGCGUCCCGCUGCAGAGCGGUUCCAAACCAAAGCACAACCUGACUCCGUGUAUGCCCUCGUCACUCACAUUCAGGAGAAGUUUUUUUAAAGAGCCUAAUUUGCGCCAGGGAGGAAAACGGAGCCGCGUCUCAGCCGUGAGACGUUGCAGAAGAACGUGAAAAGUCGAUCCUGAAACGAUACCAAGGGUUUCAAUACUCUUGACGUUCUUCCACUUUGGGGCAAGAACCGGGACGUCUUAUUCGAGCCGUUUCGUAUUGCUGCUCAACUUUGUCCUCCUUUUCUCGGGAAGAGCUUUUGCAGAAUUCUCCAGUCGCUGAGAGUAAAUAGCCCGGGUUUUAUAGGGCAGACUCCCCCAACUUGGCUGGGGGAUUCUGGGAGUUGUAGUCCAACGCACCUGGAGUGCACUAGGUUGGCGAAAGUUUGUCGCAUCGUAACCUAGCGGGAACGUUACAGUCAAGCUGUUACCUAAUUGUAGGCUGAGGAACAUUUUUUUUAAACCCCCCCAGCACAUAUUCAUCUUGGAUAAGGGGAAAUUACCCACAAGAAAUUUGGUGGGAGGGAGGAUAGGUUGGCCAUUUAAGUGCAGGACUGCUCCUGUUACACCAUAAUCUGUAGGAAGCAAACUUGGCUCUAGAGAGAAAGGCCCUGUUCAGACCACGCACAAGCUGCAAACUCUUUGACAGCAGAUGGUCAGCGAGUGUGUUUAAACCGUGGUUAUGUCGCCACCACGGUUCGGAAUGCAUCACGCGACCCGCUCAGCCACAACGUUUAGCUCAAAGCGCUUAAACAUCAUGGUUUAGCGUGUUGUCCGAACAGGGCCAAAAAAGGGCUGGGCUGUGAUGUGUGUGUGUGUGUGUGAGAGAGAGAAUGAAUGGACCAUCUUCCAAUCACUGGUAAUUGAAGUAGCUUUGCUCCAUCUCAGCAACAAGUUGCAAGAUGUGAACAUCAUCUGGUUCUCGAAUUUGGCUCCGCCGCCGUCCUGCCCAGCUCGGUUGCAAAGUUCAAUGUGGUUCCGAUCAGAUAAUAAAUCUGGCAAAGUGAAACCUUCUCUACAGCCUGAUGCUGGUGCAUGACCGAUUGGAAGUUGGUGCUGCUGCUGCACUAAAGCUGCGGAGUCUUAUGUCCUUCUGAAAAUGUAUAUUAUUAGUAUUUUUUAUAUAGCAACGUAUGCCUGUUCGUUCAGCAUGGAAGUAAAUCCCAGCUGCGAGAAAACCGUGUGGUUUCACAGGCCUCGACUGGCACAGAGUCCUGCUUUAUAAUUUUAUAAUAAAACGGAAAUGUGUUUUAAAAA